GCAGCAACGCUCCAGCAUUCGAAGCAAUCAGUGCCCGACGCAGUCGCAAUUGCAUAUCGCAGGCGUGGUCGAAGUAGUGGCAGCAUUAGUGGGAUAUUAGCGAGUAUCUGGUACCUGCAUCCGCUCCCAGGUUGCAUGUACCGCAGCUGCUCCCUUUUUCCCGCUUUUCCCCCUGAGGCCCACGCACAUCUCCGCCAUCACUUUCUUUGGGCGGUACUUGCAUUGCGCUUCAUCCCUGCAAGUAUACGAUACCCUCGGGGACCUACCUUGGAUCUGACCACGACCAUCUACGGGCCCGACACACACACACACACUCUCUCUCUCUCCCCAUCUGGGCAGUCCCUUCGUUCCUCGCCCGCCCGCCCGCAGGCUCUCGCUCCAAUCUCCAAUCUCACACCCAAUCUCUCACUCUCUCUUCGUUCGCCCUGGGGCUCUCCCGCGCUCCGAGCUCUCGCUCUCUUUCUGUCUGCCGGGCUGCUCUUCUUGUCUCGAUCCGCGUUGCGCUGUUCCAAAUAUCGGGCGCACUGCAACCGGCUCGUCCCAAGUCUCAUCUCGUCAAUUUUACUCCAACGAGAACAACGAGAGUCUGACCGUUCCACUCGUUCUUCCUCUCAUUCCCUCCCCUCUCACUCGCCCAAAAGCCAAGACAAGGACCAUUCCCAAUUCCGCCUGUCUUUCACUCUUUCUGGUCUGGCCGCCUUCCUCCGCACCUCUUCUCUACCGCCUCUCGCUUCAAGUUGGGCCCUCGCCUCUUAUCCCACCAGUCAGUCCCUGACCUCAUAGGACGAAGUUCAAGUACCUUCGUCGUCAGUCGUCAGUUUCUGUGUGUGUGUGUGCGUGUGUAUUGUGCUGUUUUCCCGACCGACGAUCCAACUUCGCUCCGAUAGUCUGCCGCUAGUCUCGAAUCCACGAAGGGAAAGAAGCGCGCCAUCGACAACUUCGCUCAUCGAAAAAAAAAAAAAUCGAAGAUAAAAAAAGCUCUACCGACACAUAGGCUGUGGUCCGCGCGCCCAUUCCUGCUGUCGUCCUGUGUCGUGAGAGCUCUCGGCAAUUCAAGUCGGGCCAGACAUCAUCAAUUGGGCUGACAAAGGGGCCAUUGGCGACAUAUCGGUCUGUCUCCCACCGCCAGAUUCCCGCCAGCCUCCUCCCUUUGACCGGGGUCACCUCACCGACACAGCUUGCUGCCUCUGGCUCUCUGUUUUUCUCUUUUUCUUUCUAUUCUUCUUACCUUCUGCCUGCAGCCCUGUUUGGUUUUGGGUGGUGUUGAGGUAGACAGAAACACAAGAGGGCACAGGCUCAAAAGCUCCUUCAAACCAGUUCAGUUGCACAGCCGUUCACCACAGGAGUGCGUGCGCUGCGCGACCACCCCCUUGUCGCGUCUAUUCUCAGUGUCGUUGCAGCAUUGACUCGACUCCUCCCCCCUCUCCCAAAGACGAUCUUCGCCAAUACACUUCGUUUGGGUCCAACUUCAAUAAACAACAAAUCGCAACAGCCCCUUCGGCCAGGGAAAGGAAGAGAGAAGAAGAAAAAAACACCCAAGCGACCCCCUUCUGCCCGCACCAUGAGAUAGACUGGCCCGGUUCAUUGGUACAGCAGACAGUCAACAACACGACCUACCUACCCUAAGGACCAUAAUACCUCCAAUCGGGCUCGUCCGUCCCAUCCCAAUUCUGGACGAAUUAAUUCCUGCAGCUCAAUAAUUCCUGCGUCCUGAAACCUGGGGCCCAGCGAGCAACUCUACCUGACAGAAAAGGGAAAUCUAUCGCUUACGGAUUCUUCCUACGCUUCUCAAUCCUCCGCCAGCAAUCCAGCCAGCCUCCCUUGGCCCUCACAAAAACAUACGCACCAACAUCGCGGACCGACUUGCUAGCGACCUUCGCGAAACAAAACACGCCAAACUAGGCCGCCUCUCGGUCGGAACUCUAUUUUCUGCGUGCUCGCGUUUUCCCUUGUCGCAAGAUUAUGUCCUCGGCCGCUCUGCAGCCUGCCCGUCCAACACCAGCUUUGGCAUCACCGCCUUUACUCGCAGUGUCACCGAGCAGCCGCCAGUACACGUCGACACACUCCUCUCCAACCCGCGAGGCGUACGAUGCCAAUUUGCAAAACGACAUUACCUCUCCUGCACCGUUACAACACCCCACGAGCCAACCAAGCGGAGCCGGCGCGUCUGUGAAGAGUCCUGAUCCAGAUUCGUCCAUGACGUCCCGAGCUGCCCCGGCCAACCCCGUCGCCAUCGCGCCUUCAUCCCCAGACUACCAGUCUUCAUCCUCCGAACAACGCAAAAACAUGCCUCCAAUCGCCCCCCCUCGGACGUCUUCGACGAAUUACUCGGGCGGAACGACCACCACGGCUACCACAAAAAGACGUGAUCACGCUGUCGAAAAGGCGGCUUCUUCACCGCGACGCGGUCAAGCAGAUGGCACAAACGGCAAUGCCGACUACACCUACUCCGACGAUGGCUCCACGUCACGCAGCAGGAGAUCACAUCAGCAAAUGGCCCCCGAUUCGCCCCGUCGAUCUACUGGUAACCGACCCGGAAGCCAGCCGACAGUGAUUCCCGUCCGAUCACACGCACCGCCCCAGACAACCGUGUCUCCCAAACAACCCUCGCGCGAAGCGAGCGAGGUUUUGAAUAGAAUGGUUGUCUCUCAGCCCGAGGUAGACGUCGCUCGCGAAAAGGAGCGACUUGCAGAGGCACAACCCACUCGCGUUGGGUCCUCUCAUGAUGACGCCGCACCGCCCCCCGUCGUUGGUAUGUCUGAGCACGACGAUGGCAGACGAGGAGGCAGAAGCCGACACGACCAUUCCGGGAAGCGCGAGAAGGUGGUUCGAUUCGGCGACUAUAUCCUAGGCAACACAAUCGGCGAGGGCGAGUUUGGAAAAGUGAAGCUUGGCUGGAAAAACGAUGGCGGCGUGCAGGUUGCCAUCAAGCUGAUCAAGCGGGACAGUGUAGGCAACAAUCCCUCUAGGCUGGCCAAGAUUUACCGCGAGAUUGCCAUUCUCAGAGGCAUUUCUCACCCUAACAUUGUUCGCCUGCAUGAGAUGGUCGAGACCGAAAGGCAUAUCGGAAUCAUUCUCGAGUAUGCUUCCGGAGGCGAACUAUUCGACUACAUCCUGAACCACCGGUAUCUCAAGGACAAUGCAGCCCGAAGGCUCUUUGCCCAGCUUGUCUCUGGCGUGGGCUAUCUGCACAAAAAAGGCAUCGUCCACAGGGACCUGAAGUUGGAAAACCUGCUUCUGGACCGGAACCGCAACAUCAUCAUCACCGACUUUGGCUUUGCUAACACGUUUGACGCCGAGGAAGAACUUUCCGAAGAGGAGGAGCUGAAUCUUGGCGACCGCGAGUUCGUCAAGAAGUUGGGCCUGGAUAGAGUCAAGACCAACGGUACAAGAAAAGGCGAUCUGAUGCAGACCAGCUGUGGCAGUCCUUGCUAUGCUGCUCCGGAACUUGUCGUCAGCGAUUCUCUGUACACUGGCCGCAAGGUCGAUGUAUGGAGUUGCGGUGUAAUCUUGUACGCCAUGCUGGCCGGCUACCUCCCCUUUGAUGAUGACCCCGCGAACCCUGAGGGCGACAACAUCAAUCUUCUGUACAAGUACAUUGUCAACACACCCCUUACCUUUCCCGAAUACGUUACGCCCCAUGCGCGUGAUCUUCUCCGGAGAAUACUAGUCCCCAACCCAAGAAAACGAGCGGAUCUCUUCGAGGUGGCGCGGCAUAGCUGGCUGAGCGAGUACGCUCAUGUCGUGGAGUUCAUUACUAGUAGCACCACGACGCCGAAUGAGAUCCAGAACACGACUGUGCCGUCAGAGGAUGACUUUGCGGAAGCACCCGGCAUUGGACGUAGCGCAUCGGUUCGCGAGGCGUCCAAGACCAAAGCCAACACCCCCACAUCGGUCGGGGGGCUUGCGAGCAAGCAUGCCAAGAUCGAUGCCGACGCUGAGGCAGCCGCUAUUGCAAAGCAGCAGAAGGACAACAAGCGUCGCACCGUACAGGUCGAGUACGUGGCGCCCACGACACAAACUCAAAGGGGAGAGCCAGCAUCGACAGGUGGCAAGUCUCGACCGCGCUCGAACAGCCAAGGCCCGGUGGAGAUCGUGGAAGGUCAGCCGUUUCAAGAGAAGCCGCUCCCCAGAGACCCUCCUGUCUCGAGAGACUCAUACAGAGCCGGCCGGCAGGCCGGCCCACCACCAAGUGCCCAUCGCAACACUGCGGCGGCACCUUCAAGGCCGACGCGUGACACCCGUGCGACAUCUGACAACGCGUUCGUCUCCUCGACCUCGAGCGCACCGGCGACUGGAAGACCUCAGACGGGAGGCUCAAUGGCAUCAGGGUCGAUGGGACUGGGAGCUGGAAGCCGUGCGUCAUACAGUCAACCCAUACCUCCGGCCGUCGCGGGUACCAAUGCCCAUGGAAGAAUCCAACAGCCCAGCUCCCAGGAGCCUCAAGCCAUGGGACGUCCCAGCGUCAGCGUGCCCGCCAAGUUUGCCAAGGUUGCUGGGUUUCCUCCAGAGCAGGAACUCGCGCAGACUCAAAGCCAGAGCCAGACGCCACCUCAGUCAAGCGACGGCAGAGGCCAUGGACACAAGCGUUCCAGCACCAUUAGCUCUCUGCUGGGUCGCAACGGUUCCAUUUUUGGGGGUAAGAACCGCAGCAAACGACCCGAGUCUCAGAUCAUGGACAAGAGCCGAAAGUAUCCUCCGGUUAGCAUGCCCAACAACAUGCCGGUUGAAGGCCAGUCUCGUCCUUCGAUAGACUCUAGGGCCUCGAGACAAUCUUUCUCCAGGGCCUUCGGAAAGAAGCGAAGCGGCAGCAUCGCCGGCUCCCAGACUUCCCACGAGAAGCAGAACAGACGGUUUUCGUUGAUCCCGCAGUCCUUCUCGCUGAAGGCUAUUGGCAUCGGCAGAGAUUACGAUCGCCCCCCUUCGGAGCCUCAGUCUCAGCCCGAUCUGCCCAUUCAAGAGCCUCCCGAGGUCGAUGAGCACGGCCGAUACGUGGAUCAGCGAGGACAGUCUCGUGGUUACGAUGGCGGUUAUGACCAGGGAUAUAGACAGCCGCCCGGUUCCAACUCGGCACCACAGCUACAGGGCCAGGAUUGGCAAAACCAGCAACAGGGCUAUCAGCAGCAGCAGCACAUGGGCCCAAUCGGCCAACCCAGCGCUGUGCCGGGCUACAUGCAACAAGGUGCUGUUCUUAACACUGGUUCGGAGGAGUCGUUCGAGAACGCACAGCCACAGCAGCAUCAUCAUCAGCAGCAGCAGCACCAGCAGCGGAGGCAGUCAAGCGCACCGUAUCAAGGCGGUGGAUCUUACGAGCCCGGAGGCUACGAUGGACAACAGCAAUUCAACUCUCCCCGUGCAAAUGGUCGCUCUGGCCUGUUACAGAAGAACACUAAGAAGUUCACGGACGCAGAGUACACUGGCCAUCAAGGCAGCAGCGGAGCCGCCAAGAGAGUCAUGGACUUCUUCCGCAGGCGCGGCAAGGCGAGAGGCGGCGACGAGAGAUAGGAUACUCUCGAUGAUUUUAACUGCUCGCCACCCGUCAUAUCAAGAUCACGACCGUUGUGCGGACCCCGGUCGUCUCAGAUGAGCCUUUCUCCGGCUCGCCGAGUUGAGCGCUGAGAUCAAAUCAGGAUUCAAGGCGUUGCUUCUUUCUCCGUCUUCUUCCACCGUUCGAAGUUAUAAUGUGUGAAUAUCAAGCCAAGAGGAGGCCAGAACCAGUGGUUGCUUAGUAUCACAAUCAGAUGUUUCAUGGUUGUCUUGAUGACCUGCUGCAUUGUUAGCGAGCCGGCAUAGAAUGGUGGUAGGAGUUUCUUUCGUAGGUUCUCGCUUCGCGUAAUAGGGAAGAUAUGGAAGCUUGUUGGUUUUAUCGCUUCGGGCGACGACGGUUCAUGGGAUGGGAAUUUCUUUUUCUCUCUUCGGCACUGACGGAUUGGUGGUUUUUCUUGCCUCGUACAAAGAGGCCUUUUUUGUGGUUGGUUCAACUUGUCAUUUCCCCUCUAAUUUGAUGGCAUCACAGCAGUAACCCAGGUUACUUGCUGGCGGCGGCAAAGGCGUAUGGAACUACAGAAGAAGACGAAGCGAGGGGCUGUGGGAAAGAGAGAGAAUGAGAGCAGAACAAGAACAAACGUUGACUUUUGAAGCGUACUGUGUACUGAAACAUGUCUGGCUGGGGCAGCCAUGUAGCGACUUGUAUCGAAUCAUAAUGAGCCGUUUCCAAAUGGCAAAGCACCGACGGCAGAGCCAGUGAUGAGAGUGGAAUCAUUCAUGCUGGAUUCCCCUUCUCCUCGAGCUCAAUAGGAACGACGAGUGCGCGCGCGGAGCCAACAAGCGCCAUCCGAGGCCUCAUCAGACCAACCACGCUGAUGACGGGAUGGACCGCCGGACAUCUUGUCAAUGAUACCGAA